UUCCGCUCAAUGGAGGAGGGGGAGGGAACAUCCGGAGCGCUGGUAGUGGCGGCGACGCGGGUAGGAGUGUCUAGGUCAGGCGGAGGGUGCGGGGCGCACGGGGGUAGGAGGCUCCUUCGGGUAUCCACGCCAGCCUCUGGAGUCAUGGCUGUGGGCAACAUCAACGAGCUGCCCGAGAAUAUCUUGCUGGAGCUCUUCACGCACGUGCCUGCCCGCCAGCUGCUGCUGCGCUGCCGCCCUGUCUGCAGCCUCUGGCGAGACCUCAUCGACCUCACCACCCUUUGGAAGCGCAAGUGCCUCCGCGAGGGCUUCAUUACCGAGGACUGGGACCAGCCUGUGGCCGACUGGAAGAUCUUCUACUUCCUGCGAAGCCUGCACAGGAACCUGCUACACAACCCGUGCGCGGAAGAGGGCUUUGAGUUCUGGAGCCUGGACGUGAAUGGAGGCGACGAGUGGAAGGUGGAGGAUCUGUCCAAAGACCAGAGGAAGGAGUUCCCCAAUGACAAGGUCAAGAAAUACUUCGUGACUUCAUAUUACACCUGCCUCAAGUCCCAGGUGGUGGACCUCAAGGCCGAAGGGUAUUGGGAGGAGCUGAUGGACACCACGCGGCCAGACAUCGAGGUCAAGGACUGGUUCGCAGCCAGGCCAGACUGCGGGUCCAAGUACCAGCUAUGCGUUCAGCUCCUGUCAUCGGCACACGCCCCUCUGGGGACCUUCCAGCCAGAUCCAGCGACGAUCCAGCAGAAGAGCGAUGCCAAGUGGAGGGAGGUCUCGCACACGUUUUCCAACUACCCACCCGGCGUCCGCUACAUCUGGUUUCAGCACGGCGGCGUGGACACUCACUACUGGGCCGGCUGGUACGGCCCGAGGGUCACCAACAGCAGCAUCACCAUCGGGCCCCCGCUGCCCUGACUUCCCCUGAGUCCCCAUCCACCGAACCCUGACUGGUAGACUGCUGUCGCAGAAGGGGAGCCAGACGACCCCACCCCCUCAGUCUGUCUGAGCCCCCAGUUGCCUUGUCUUUCAGGGCCUUUGGCCUGGGCAGCCCUUGUGUGCUGUGGAACCCACUGGUGGCAGGGGCCUGUGUGAGUCCCUCUGAGAGAUGGAGCAUGCAGUUCAGGGGGUGCAGGGGAUCCCCCCCAGCCCUUCCAGCCCCAUGAGUGGGUCUCCAAAUUUAAUGCCAACUCGGAGCGUGUGUCUGUACCUUCCCCUUCCGGGAUCUCUC